GUCCAGUUAGGCCGAACCGUUGCCAUUUCUGGCCAUUCGUCCCUUUGUCUUCAAAUCGAUACUUGAAACCUCACCAUAAUCUAAAAUCUGGCCAUGGAUAUCCCUGCAGAAGAGGAGACGCUGUUGUAUUCUCAGCGACCUGAGUGGGCCGAUAUCAUUCCCUUAGAGCAGUACGAGAGUGUCACCCCUCUCGCCCCCAUCUUUUAUACGGAUGAAUACAAAGAUGCCACCAACUACUUCAGAGGGAUCGUCAAGAGCGGUGAGAUGAGUCCCAGAGUGUUGGAGCUCACAGAGAAUAUAAUCCGGCAGAAUCCUGGACACUACUCUGCAUGGCAGUACAGGUACAAAACGCUCAUGUCAUUGAAGUCUCCCCUCGACGACGAGCUUCAGCUGAUGGAUGAACUUGCAAUCAAGCAUCUGAAGACAUAUCAAGUCUGGCAUCACCGCAGGCUGCUCGUGCAACAGACUCGCAACCCCGGUCCUGAGCUCGAGUUCAUCGCCAACUCGCUGCAAGUUGAUAUGAAGAACUAUCACACGUGGUCGUACAGACAAUGGAUCCUCGCUUACUUCAAUGACGACGAGCUCUGGAGUCAUGAAUUGGACUUCGUGGAGAGCAUGCUUGAAAUUGAUGUGCGGAAUAACUCUGCAUGGCAUCACAGAUUCUUCGUCGCCUUUCAAUCUGGAGUACGGAACGGGGAUCAGGACAGAGACGCGAUCGUUCGGCGGGAGCUUGCGUUCGUAAAGGAGCGGAUUGCGGUUGCGCCGAAUAACGCAUCUGCAUGGAAUUAUCUGCGCGGGGUGCUUGAUCAUUCCAAAAUUCCUUAUUCCGAGCUUCAAUCAUUCGUGCUGCCUUAUUCUCUGCCCCAGCCCUUUUUAGGUACACCCCCUGAAGUCGUUGAUCUUGAGAGUCCCCUUCCUUCGAAGGAUGCACAACUGCCCUGCGUCGCUGCUGUUGAAUUCAUGGCUGAUAUUCACGAGGCGGCGGCGGGGGGUGGUGAUUUGGUGAAAGCCACUGAGCUUUGGAAAUCCCUGGCAAACGAGCACGAUACUAUACGCAAAAGAUACUGGGAAUACAGGAUCACGGAAUUGUUAAAGACCAAGUCGGCUGGUGACGGCUGACUUAGCACAUCAUCAGAAUUCCAUUCCUUUACGUCGAUCAGGUAAACAGAGUAUCAUCAGUAUUAAUGUCUGGUUAUUGUUGGUUUUGUAUCUCUUCCGCUGAUCAAGAAAACCUAAAUCUCCCAAUCUAAAGUAUUUGAAGGAGCCUGUACGAUUUUUCGAGCAGCACUCUUAAUAAAUGCGAGUGGAUUUCAAGCUGAGCGCUAGUCUAUACAUUCUAUUUCAGGAGUUCGGCG